AUGCCCCUGGCUUUUGUUAAUCCAGGCACUCCUUUAAAAGGCGCUUCUGCCAAGGAUUAUGUUUACUGGAAUCAAAAGCGUGUUUUGUCUUUAGGCACAGCUUGUUCUGUCGCUAUUAUUGUAAAUAACUAUGAGCAUUAUCAAACUAUACAACUCGAUAAAAGUGUCUCAGCCAUCGCGCUGAAUUGUCGUGGUGCAGCCUUGGCCAUAUCGUAUACGGAUUUCGUAACUGUGUAUUUGCCUGACGAACAAUGGCAUUGGAAGCACUAUAUAACGUAUAAAGUGCCGGGUGAUAGUUCUGUUCUGACAUUAUCCUGGGGAUAUAAUUUAAACCUUUUAGUAUGUACAGGAAAAAAAUUAAACAUUCUUAAUUUUUCUGACGACCAAGUUUGUGUACUUUGGUCUUUGGAUUCAGCAUCAGGCAUCCCUUUUGUUGGAUCAAGUCUAUCAUCCGAUGCUUGUUACAUAGCAUCUGUCGAAAAAGGAAAUCCACUAGCUAAAGUCUGGUUAAGAUCAUCUCCUCAAGGAAGCGUAACGUCCUUAUACGAUUUUAGCUAUCUCCCUCACCCAGUACCCAUACGAUUUUACUCUUGGUCAAAACCACUGCAUCCAGACUCCAGCAGUUCUCUUCCAUUUUUCUGCACAGUUGACGUUCAAAAUAUUUUGCGCAUAUGGCAGACCGGUAGUCGAUUUGGCUCCCAGCUUAUGCAUCUUUCUUGUUUUUUGGACUUGAAGGAAUAUACCGAUGAAGCAUCAGUACCAUUCUGUUUUUUACUAGAAAGGGAUGAUUUUACAGCUGCUUUGGCUCAUGCCAUUAGUCGGUACUCAGGCGAUUUGCCUGAUGAUCCCGUCCUUCCAAAACUGGUAGGUCUAGCUAGUUCGCAUCCACAAUUAUUUUUUUUAUUUUCUAAUUAUAAACUACACGUAUUUUCUUUCCACAUGGAUGAAGAUUACCUUACGACUGCUAAACUGGUUAGAAGUGUUCCUGUCAAGUUUCCACGAAAUGCUUUACCGCCGGAUGGAUUUCUUAAGGUAUACAGAACCAUGAAAGAAGAUGAAUACGAUUAUAAGUUUAUAAUUCACUUCCAGGAUUAUGCCAACGAGUAUGCAUUUAAGUUAUCAAAUAUAUAUUCAGAUGAAGAGUUCGUACUACACACAACCCAAAUGUUUUAUGGACAUGAUGUUUCCGUAAAAUCUCUUGUUAGAACAUCUAAUGGACAUGGAAUUGCUUCUUGUGACAGUCAACGCGUCUGCAUGUUACAGUCGUACUUAUCUGUUGAUAGUCAAAGAUCAUUAGUGCGACGAUCGAAACUGCGAUUAGAGGAAAAUGACUUUGUUUUACCAUUACAUGCAGGUGAAUAUGCAGCUGUAAUUAACAAUUCUACUAUAAAGCUCUGGCAUUGCGAUAACGCCUUCGCCCCCGUGUUAGUUUGUUCUAGUAGUGAAGUUCCCACUAGUGAAAUCAUAACUUUUUUUAUUUUACCAGUGCAGAAAAAUCAAAUUUCUGUGUUAUGUGCAUUAACAAAAGGUGGUCAUGCUUGGUUUUAUAAUGUAUUGAUAGAGAAUCAUCAAGGCACAAAACUCGAGUUUCUAGAUCGAGUAGGCUUUACUCCCAAAAUUUAUACAGCUUCCGCCGUUGAUGUUAUGGGGUGGUCCUCAACAUUAAGCCAAAGCAGUAUAGAGUCAUUCGAACGUGAAGUAUUUGUCUCGAUUUCUGAUGAUGGUUUGCUACAAACGUGGAUGGCAAGAAUUUCAGGUCCUUCGAAUGCAAUUAUAACUGAGUUUUCUCGAGUAAGAACGAAUAUAAAAGCCGCAAACAUGGUUAAAGGCUCUACUUCGAGAAAAGUAGCUGUGGUUUCAGAGAAUCGGCUUCGCUUGUCUAUUUUUGAUACAGGGAGUUCUUUUUUUACUGCCAAUGAAGAAUUCACCAAUGUUUUUAAUAAAUAUGGCCCCAUAAUAGAUUUAGAUUGGACUUCAACUCCCAAUUCUCAUUCCAUCCUUGCCAUAGGUUUCCAGCAUCAUGUUAUCUUACUAUCCCAGAACCGUAGAUCUUAUAUUAGUGACGCUCCUUGUUGGGUACCUAUUCGGCUUUAUAAUUUGGGUAUGUAUACGGACAUGGUUAUUAGUGAUUCUUCCUGGCUAGAUAAUGGUACCUUGGUUACUGCCGCCGGAAAUAACUUAUUUUUUUUUAAGAGCAAACUUCCUGAUGAUAUAUCACUGCUAUUUCCUUCCGCCCUAAAGCGAACAGCAAAUAAUAUAUUUGACCUUGCUUACCAACUGAAUGGUAUUUUGCCGGUAUUCCAUCCUCAAUUUUUACAGCAGUUGUUGCUUAAAAACCAAGAGUAUUUAGUCCGGAAAAUUCUCUUGCUCUUUUACAUUUCUUUGAAAAAUGACCAUCCUAUGCACUUUUUGUUGAAUAUGGAUUGUUUAGAAUUUUAUGAACAUGAUGAUGAAAAACUGAUGAGCUCAUUCUAUGAAGCCUUGACGAAACAUGCCAAUGAAAUUACAGUCAAGAAGGAUUUUUCUGAUGAACAGCCAUCUGUUUCCGAAAAUCCACUGGCGUAUGUAGAAGCAUUUACAACGGACCUGUGUCUGCUGUUGAAAAACAAGAAAGUGAAAACUUUAACAAGGUCAUCACAGUUCUAUCUACUAAACGUAAUAGAGGCCUUUUGUAAAGCAGAUCAACUUCGAAAGUCAUUGGAUUUGAAUGGGAGAAGAUUUUGUAUUAUGUUGAACCAAUACGUUUUAAACAAAUAUCAACAUCGAUCAAAUCUUCUUCCUACUCGCGAUGCCUUAUGGGCAUUUUACAGUACCAAUAAAAGUGUUCUGCUAGACUACACGGUGAAAGCUCAUGGAAAGACCUUGCUAUGGCCGGCCGUUGAGGAGUACAGGUUACCUUUUUGGUUAAAUCAGCAAGCAUUGAAGAACGUUUUUGAGGAUUUGUGUAGAAAUCACUUUACUAACAACGGUGAUCGGGAUCCCGAGAAAGUUAGUUUAUACCAUAUAGCGCUUGGCAAAGUAUCCGUCUUACAAAAACUUUGGAGCUUGGCGAGCUGGAGUAAAGAAUCAAGACCCACAGUGAAAUUUUUGUCUAAUGACUUUACACAGAACCGAUGGAAGGUUGCAGCGUCCAAGAAUGCAUUCGCAUUAUUAAGUAAGCAUCGGUACUUUUAUGCGGCGGCUUUCUUUCUUCUUGCAGACAGUCCGUAUGAUGCAGCGAAAGUUUGCAUCCGCAAUCUGCAUACUUUAUCUUUGGCUGUAGCUAUCGUACGAGUAUAUGAAGGAGACGGAAAAGAAUGUCUAAAAAGGAUUAUCGAGGAAUUUGUUUUGCCCUCGGCAGCUUUCUACAAUGAUCGUUGGCUUGCAAACUGGGGGUUCACAAUGAUAAAUGAGAAAGCGAAAUCAAUUAAAAGUCUGCUUGUUCCAUUAAGGUCACUUAUAGAAGUUGACGACGAUCUAAUAGAGUCCUUCAAAUUGGAUAAUCAUGAGGAGGAGACGCAAGGAGAGACAGAGAACGUAGAAGAGAAUCAUGGGAAGACCAAAAAUGAGCAUACAUCGGAUGAUCCUGCAUUAAUUUUACUAUACGAUUUUCUUCGAUGCGACGUGUUACAAAGGGAUCAAAUGCUGGAAUAUCUGUUUGUUCUCAACAGCGCUCGUGUAUACAAUGAAAUGGGAUGCGACCUGAUUGCUCUUGAGUUACUACGCAACUGGAAAUUUCAGUUCCCUUCCAGCAUUCCUGAUAGGGAGGCAAAGGAAGAAGCUACGAGAAAAGAAGAACAGUCAGAAGCUAGUCCCAUAGAAAACAAGCCUACCACUAUUAUGGGCCAAGAAAUUAAACCAGCGCCGGCUGAAAUACCAGAAUUUGAUGAAUCAUUUUUCUUUUGA